AAUGCCAUUCCCACCCGCGACUUUCUACCAAGUUGGACUCUGCAAUUCAGUCUAUAUGUACUUUGGAGUAGAUUAAACUACAGCAGCUCAGCACUCCACGGCUCUGGCCCCCAACAUUGCUAGUUUUACACGCGCCUGCGCACACAGACAAACAAAAACAGAGUCACAGGCUGCCAGAGAACAGAAGCUAACUGGAGUUUGGUGCUUCUGAGUCUUUCAAGAUCCAGAGAAGAUUUAUCUUUCAUCCACCAAGCUUUUGUAAAGAAAAACAGAAAAGGGUCAGGAUUUUAGAACAAGAACUCACCAGAAAAGCACAGCAUUUCUGGCUCGGGACCCUGCAAGGCUGCAGUUUUGGAGAGAGAGAGACACACAGAGAAAGAUGAAGAAUUCGGUAUCAGAACAGAGUUUCUACAUAGAGAGCGACGAGGAAGAUGAGGAGAAGGCACUGGAGAAAGAAGAUAGUGAAGAUGGAAAUAAUUCUGAUUCUAGCACUUAUUCUAAUGAUAAUGAGGACGAAAGGCCGGAGAGCAAAUCUAUCACCACCUCUUGGCCUCAAAGUUACAGGCAGUCCAUCGAUUUAUACAGUAGUGUACCAUCUCCAAGUCUUAACUUCCUGGGGACGCCUACAUUAUCACGUUUAGGCAGCUCAUUUAUCUCUUCUUCAUUAACAAGAAGACACACUCCUGAAGUACUCCCUUCUUUGCAAAAACCUCUAUUACCACCAGUAGCAGAUGCACGGCAGCCACCAGAAAGGCGUAGUUCACAUUCUCUGCUGCCCCCCAUUCAAAGGAGGCCUUCCUUAAGAAAAGGAACUGCUGACAGGAAAUCAUCCAAGGUCUCACAUGAGGUUUCUCUUCCUCGCCAGAGUUCAUAUGGACAAGCUGUGGUGAAUGGCAUAAAUGUUCUUUGUGGUGUUGGAAUUCUUUCAACUCCUUAUGCUGUCAAAGAAGGUGGAUGGGUUGGGCUAUCAAUUCUGUUUAUCUUCGCUGUUGUUUCUUACUACACUGGGAUUCUCCUGCGUUCCUGUUUGGACAGUCAGCCUGGGCUCGAGACUUACCCGGAUAUUGGCCAUGCUGCCUUCGGUAAUGUGGGACGUAUUGCUAUAUCUAUUAUUUUAUAUGCAGAAUUAUACGCUUGUUGUGUUGAAUAUAUCAUUCUGGAGAGUGAUAACUUAUCAUCUCUGUUUCCUAAUGCACAUUUAAGCUUGGGAGGACUUGAAUUAAAUUCAAAACACCUAUUUGCUUUGCUCGCUACCCUCACUGUUCUCCCUACUGUUUGGCUGCGAGAUCUCACUCUGCUUAGUUACAUCUCAGCUGGAGGAGUUAUUGCUUCAAUAUUAGUGGUCUCCUGCUUAUUCUGGGUUGGCUUGGUGGACAAAGUUGGCUUUGAGCCCAAGGGGACCGUAUUAAAUCUCUCAACUCUUCCUGUUGCUAUUGGCCUAUAUGGUUAUUGCUACUCAGGCCAUGCGGUUUUUCCCAAUAUCUACACAUCAAUGGAGAAACCUAGCCAGUACCCUGCAGUUCUCUUAACCAGUUUUGGAAUCUGUACUCUGAUGUAUGCCGGAGUUGCCGUAUUGGGAUACUUGGUGUUUGGAGAAUCAACAAAAUCACAAUUCACUCUUAACUUGCCCCAAGAUUUAAUUGCCUCCAAAAUUGCUGUCUGGACAACGGUUGUUAAUCCAUUUACAAAAUAUGCUUUAACCAUGACUCCUGUGGCCUUGUGUCUGGAAGAACUGAUACCUGCAAACCACAUCAAGUCUCACAUAUACUCAAUCCUCAUAAGGACAGCGCUAGUUGUCUCUACUCUGAUUGUGGGCCUUUCUGUUCCGUUCUUCGGUCUGGUCAUGGCACUUAUUGGAUCUUUACUCACAAUGCUAGUGACAUUUAUACUUCCUUGCGUUUGCUAUCUUCGCAUCUUGAAAGGAAAAACAAACCAGUUCCAGGUAGCUGCUUGUGUAUCGGUCAUAAUAGUUGGAUCUGUGUCAUCUGCUUUUGGUACUUACUCAGCUGUCUCCCAAAUUGUUGAGAACUUGAUCAGUUGAGCUAAAACUUUUAUGUGGUUCUCGCAACGGGGAUAACCUUUUUUCCCUCAACGGAGAAUAUCCAUUCUUUCCUCUUUUGAAACUGGGAUUUUGUAGGGUACUUUAUACACAUUGUGCCAUUUUCCCAAAAUUUUUUGUGAUGUAUCACUUAAUGUGUAGUUAAUUCUCAUAACUAUAUUGCAUGAAAUUGUCAUGUAUCUCAAGUUUCAUUGAAAA